CUCAUCUUCAGAAGCGGCAGACAGCGGCGGCGGCUGUAGCACUCUGUGCGGAUCCCCCGGGAUGGCUAGAGGUGAUUCGGGAGCCGCGCAGGGGUAAGCGGCAGGCGCCUUCGGCAUCAAGAAGAGGGCGCUGGACUGCUGCGGCGCUAAAUCCGCUUCUAAUCUGGAUCCGGGAGAAGAAUUAAAGACCCGGCGCUUCCCAGCCAAGGCGCACAUGGCUCAGGCGGAGCGCGGUUCUGGCGGGGUGAGUUCGUCUAUGUUGCUGCCGCCCGGCAUGUGCGCGCUACGCUGCGUCCGGAGUCCUUGGCCAGGGCGCAGCGGCUGAAGGCACCUGCCGUGCCUACAGUGUUGUCUGCAGGCCAAAAUAGUCCCAUCUCUACUGAUCAUGGUCAACAGGAGAUUAAACUAUUGGGAGUCUGAUUUUGAGGAUGAGGUCAUCAACAUCAAUGUUGGGGGCCUGAGAAGGAGACUCAGUUCGAGUGCCCUCUCCAAAUUUCCUGACACUCGGCUUGGGCGUUUGCUUUCCUGUGACUCUGAAGAAUCUAUCCUACAGCUGUGUGAUGAUUAUGAUGUGAGUGCCAGGGAAUUCUACUUUGAUCGGAAUCCUGGCUUCUUCCUAUAUGUGCUCCAUUUUUAUCAGACUGGCAAGCUGCAUGUGAUGGAGGAACUGUGUGUCUUCUCCUUUUGCCAAGAGAUAGAAUACUGGGGCAUUAAUGAAUUCUUUCUGGAUUCCUGCUGCAGCUAUCGCUAUCAUGAAAGGAAACUGGAGAGACAUCAUCACAAUUGGGAUGAGGAAAGUGAGGUUAGCAGUGUGGAUACAUCCCCAGAUGAGAUCUUAGAUUUUAAUCAUGACCUGCUUCGCUAUAAUACACUCCGCUGUGGCAAUCUGCGCAAGCGCCUUUGGCUCACCAUGGAAAAUCCAGGAUACUCUAUCCCAAGCAAACUCUUCAGCUUUCUGUCUAUCAGUGUUGUGCUGGUUUCCAUAGCUACCAUGUGUAUUCACAGCAUGCCAGAGUACCAGCAACUUGAUGAGGAGGGCAAAUUGAAGGAUGACUCUGUGUUGCAAAACUUGGAGUAUUUCUGCAUCUCCUGGUUCACAUUUGAAGUUACUGCCCGCUUGCUUUUGGCUCCAAACUUGAGGAAGUUUUUCAAGCAUCCCCUCAAUCUGAUUGACAUUAUUUCAGUGUUGCCUUUCUAUUUCACCCUCUGGGUAGAUGUGACCAUGAAGACAGAUUCAGAACUGGGAAAUGUGGGUAAGGUGGUGCAAGUGUUUCGUCUUAUGAGAAUAUUCCGAGUACUGAAGCUGGCAAGGCAUUCAACAGGCCUGAGGUCUUUAGGAGCUACCUUGAAGCAUAGCUACAGAGAAGUGGGAAUUCUGCUUCUAUACUUGGCUGUUGGAGUAUCUGUUUUCUCUGGAGUAGCCUACACUGCAGAAAAGGAGGAAGAUGUUGGUUUUGACACUAUUCCUGCUUGCUGGUGGUGGGGGACAGUUAGCAUGACAACUGUAGGCUAUGGGGACGUGGUACCAGUGACUGUCGCCGGCAAGCUGGCAGCUUCUGGUUGCAUCUUGGGUGGGAUUUUGGUUGUGGCACUGCCUAUCACUAUCAUCUUCAAUAAGUUCUCCCAUUUCUAUCGCCGGCAAAAGGCCCUUGAAGCUGCUGUGCGGAAUAGUGAUAAGAAGGAACCGGAGGACUCUGAGAAUUACCCAAGCCAAGAAUCAGAUGCUUUCAGUGAAGUUUACCACAGAGAUGAAGAUCUCACCAGAAACAUCCUUCCAGUCUACUGAAUUGAAGACUUAUCUAGCGUCAAAAAAAGGCAAAUUGGUAGCAAGAUGGUCAACAAAACCCUUAACUACUUCAUUAUGGAUUUAUUCAUUAAAAGUGAUCUGUUCCAAAAGCAUGUAUAAAGUAACUUCUUCCUGAGCCAUUGCAGAAAACGCACUAACCUUAUACACCUGGAUUUUCACUAUUCUUCCAAGCCAGUAUAUAUUAUAACUAAUUCAAAUCUCAGUCCGUCAAGAGACAUCUGGAGCAAAAUGGACAAAAUAGUUUAAGAUUCCAUCUGUGUCACAUUCCUUCAAAGCAACAAAAGAAAGUAGAUUCAUCAAUACAAGCUUUUCUGUCUUGAGUAUUGUACUGGCAAUAAUACUUCUAGCAUCCCACCUCCCACAGUGUAAUUUACAGGCAGACAUCCAAGUACUUGGAUUGGGCUGGAAAUUCAAGUUUGGAAUCUAAUAAAUAUACAAAUUAUAUUAUAAAUAAACACAGUUUUAUUUCAGCUGACAUUCAGUAGCUGCAGCUAUUCUUCACCACAUAUCCUGAGUCUACAUGCAACCAAAUAUUUCCACAGUCUGUUAACUGUUUUCAUAAUAUUGUUUUCUCCCCCAGACAUUUUAAUGUUCUGAUUCAUAAUUUAUCUUCAAAGAUUGCCAAAGAAAUGAAAUACUGAUUGUAAAGUUAUAACAAAUAAUGUUUAUGGCUUCCACAGAACUGAGAUUGUGAAAGAACUUCUAACUUGCCUUAUAAAUGUCUGUCUGAUGGAAGCCAUGGAAGCUACCAGCAUAACCUAGAAAGAUUUUAAAUUGAUCCAAAGCUGAUACAAGAUAAAUAGAAAAGAUUGUAAUAGCUGAUGUCCUGAAGAAGGACUGGAGCAAAAGUCAUGAUAAUGUUUCUCUAUGGCUAAUUUUGCACUACCAAAUCUUAACAAAUCUAUGCAUGAUUUAUAGGAUGAUAUAAAUAUUUUCCUUCCCUUUCCAGCUUUUCCAUUUCCCUCUCCAUACCUUAUUCUCAUUGCCAUCCAAUAAAAUUCUUUGAUGGUAAACUCAGGGUACAGAUUAAAAGGAUGUACUUCUUCUAUUAUGAUGCACUAAGUGGGGGAUAGGGUACUGCUAAAAGUGCAAUGGUAGUCAUUAGGAAAAAAGUAAAGUGUUGACAAACUCAUACACAAGAUAGAUUUAUCGGUAUUAUGAUUUGCUUUGCUGAUGAGCUUCCUAGAAAUAUUUGAUUGUCUACUGUGAGAAAAAUAUGCUGAAUUACAUAAGCCUUUAGUUUUAUCUAACUGGCCUUGUAUUCCCUCAUGAUUAUAGUCCUGUAAAGUAAGACUGCAUGAUACUGAUCAUCCCAACACCUCUUAUGUUAAGAAUGGAGAACUGGUGAUCUCCCAGAUGUUGCUGGAUUCUAAUUCAUUCUACUCAAUCAGGAUAAUGCUGGCAUUUGUAGCCCAAUAUUUAGAAGGAUAUAAUUUCUGCACUUUUGUAAUACAUCAUCUCCAGCAACAUAUGCUACUGUUUCUAACUUGAUUGUUACCCUACACAGAACAAGACAAG